AUGGCCAUGGAACUGACCUUUGUCAAUCAAUACGGCGACAGUGCACCCAAACGUCGUCGGUUGGCGAAGGCGUGGGCAGACAAGGUCUCGACGAACGGUGUUAAAGACGGCAGUGACAAGGAAGAUUCCGACAGUCCUCAUGGCAGCAAUGCAACACCUCGUGUGAACGGAACACCAAGUUCUCACCGCACGAGCAAUUCCGGUGGCGUGCGGCGAUUCAUCAGCGACCUAAAUCCAGAAGUGACAUUUCUGCAACGACCGACACGUACGAUUGAACCAGAAAGCCGACAGCAGAAUGAUGACAUCGGGAUCUGGGUCGACAAGCGCGAAUGGGAUGAGCUUAUCCGCCAGAAGAACAGCACGACAGAGCAUGCCGCCGCCCAAGCAACCGCCCUCAACAAUCAGAGACCACAUUCUGCUGUCCUGGGACCGCUCAUAGAUAUAUACUUUCGAAAAGUCCACCCCAUUCUACCCUUGCUGGACGAAGCCGAGUUUCGCAAGAACCAUGCCGGAGGAAUUGUCCCUGAGCCUCUUGCUCAUGCGAUCUGCCUUGUGGCAGCGAAAGAUGCGGAAGCUGCACCUCAUCUGCGACUCUCAGAAUCAGAUACACCACUUGCGCCUCGCGACUUUUGCAGUCGACUGCACGCUUCGGUAAUGGCCACACUCAAGACGCCUGAUCUUCUUGAAAAGAUCACGCUCAUUCGCAUUCUCGCGCUGGCAUCGUUACACCCCGAAGGACAGGACGGCGCUGAGGACGCAACUAUGUGCCUGAAUAAGGCCAUGCACUACACUCAAACGCUCGGCUGGCACCUUGGACAGCAACAAGGCGUGGCGUCUGGCGAUGACCUGGCAACAAAACGGCUCUUCUGGUGUCUCUGGAGUCUCGACCGCAUCAAUGGAUGCCUGUACGGGAGACCAGUUAUGAUGAGUGACGAAGACAUUGCUAUAGAACCUUUCGAACAAGGCGAAAGUGGCUUUCCCGCCUUUGAGGCCUGGCUAUAUAUCACUCGGAUGCUCAACAAGAUCAUUGGCUUCUACCGACCUGGUCAGCCCAUAACUUGCACUGGCUGGGAGAGCGAUUACUUUCCGAGUUUCGAGGAAGCAUUGGAUGAGGGACAAGCAUGGAACCAGCCGCAGUCGACUCUGGCUACGCUACAUCUAUUCUACCUCGUCACCGCUAUGCUUUCGCAUCGAUCGCGAGGAGUGAAGUAUAUGCCACGGUCGACGCCCAGCUAUGUACGGCAGUCCCUUUGCUCGCUGGAGCUCAUACGAUUGAUGAGUUCCCAUCUAUAUCCCUCGUUGAAUCCGCUCCCGAUCUUACCAUACGCCAUAUCGCUUUCGCUGUCAGUCACAUACCAACGAAUACGACAGUCGCAACUGCAACACCAGCAGGAAGAUGCUCGAGAAGACUUUCGAACAUGCUGCCGAGUCCUACAGAAUCUUCGACGAUGCUGGUCUUCGGCCGAUGUGAUCGGUGUCAUCUCUAAGAAAGUGCUCGAUCAAGUCAACAAGGCUACGGAUCUGUCGUCCUUCCGAGUUGGACGGUUCAGCGGAACCGGUAGAGACAGUCCUGGCAUUUGUACGGCAUCGUUAGUGAAGCCUCAUACCAUCAUUGAUCACCCGGAUGAUCCGGAUGGCAACGCGAACCAGAAUUCCGCGACAGUAGAGCAAGAUUCGAACGCAGUGGCUGCUCAGAGUGGAUUCGAGCUCUUCGAGGGGAUGGACGACAUUUUCCAAACGUAUAUGGAUCCCAACUAUCCCGUCAAUCUGGACGACUUCGCAUUCUUAGACGAUACAAGUCCGCUGGACUGGAACGCUGCUCUGACAUGA